CCUCACCACCAUCUCUCCAUAACCAUGGCGUCUUCUCUUCAAUACCUUCUGUUCUCUACUCUCCUUUUAUUCUUCUCUAAGUCUUUAGCUCAGCAAUCUUUCCGCCCAAAGGCCUUGGUGAUCCCCGUCUCCAAAGACCCUUCCACGCUUCAGUACAUUACCUCCAUAAAUCAAAGAACCCCUUCCCUCUCCAUCGACCUCGUCCUCGAUGUAGGCGGCCAAUUCCUCUGGGUUGAUUGCGAGAACAAUUAUGUAUCCUCCACGUACCGUCCUGCCCGUUGCAAUUCUGCCCAAUGUUCCUUGGCUAGAGCCAGUGGCUGUGGGGACUGCUUCUCCGCACCGAGACCAGGAUGCAACCACAACACAUGCGGUGUUUCACCUGAUAACACGGUCACUGGCACCGCCACGAGCGGUGAGGUUGCUCAGGAUGUUGUUUCUGUGCAGUCAACAAACGGGUCAAAUCCCGGUAGGGUUGUUACCGUGCCCAAGUUCAUCUUCUCCUGCGCGCCGACUUCCCUUCUUGAAGGUCUGGCUAGUGGGGUUGUGGGGAUGGCUGGGCUUGGUAGGACUAGAAUUGGAUUGCCGUCACAAUUCGCUGCCGCUUUUAGUUUCAACCGGAAAUUUGCGAUUUGUCUUUCCUCCGCCACCACCGCCAUGGGUGUAGUGUUUUUCGGAGAUGGCCCCUACGUGUUCCUCCCCGGAAUUGACGUAUCCCAAUCACUCCAGUACACCCCACUUUUCAUCAACCCCGUCAGCACCGCUUCCGCCUUCACCCAAGGCGAACCAUCCUCCGAAUACUUCAUCGGCGUCAAAUCCAUCCAGAUCGACGACACACCCGUUUCAAUAAACACAACAUUGCUGUCGAUAGACAAAAAAGGUGUCGGCGGUACCAAGAUCAGCACGGUAAACCCCUACACCGUCCUGGAGAGUUCGAUCUACAAGGCUGUCACUAGGGCCUUUGUCACCGCCGCCUCUGCCAGGAACAUCGCCAGGGUGGCGGGAGUAGCCCCGUUCGACACGUGUUUCAACGCAAGCAGCAUUCUGGGUACCCGCUUGGGAGCCUCCGUGCCGACCAUCAGGUUGGUGUUGCAGAACGAGAAUGUGAUUUGGAGGAUCUUCGGCGCAAACUCAAUGGUGCAGGUUAGUGAUGAGGUGCUGUGUCUGGCGUUCGUUAAUGGCGGAUCGAAUCCACGGACAUCGAUCGUGAUCGGAGGACACCAGUUGGAGGACAAUCUAAUUCAGUUUGAUUUGGCGACUUCAAGGCUGGGAUUCAGCUCUACGCUUCGCGGCAGGCAGACAACUUGCGCCAACUUCAACUUCACAUCCAUCGCUUAAAAAAAAUGAGACAACAUUUGCCAAAUCUUAGUGAAAACUAUAAUAAAGUGAACAAGUACAAUAAAAGAACUCGUGUUGUGGUGAGAAUUUAUUGUUAAUGUUUAGUUUUCUUUUGAAAUAAAUUGUAUCAAUGGAA